CCGUGCUUUCGAGCCCGCUUCGCUCGCCUCCAAAUCUCGAUAUCCUCCGCCAAUGGUGUAAUUUCCUCCAUUUUCGACGAUGUCGAUCUCCUCCUCCGCGAUUUCCUGGAACGAUGGUGGUCAAUCCUCGGGAUAUCGUCCUAAAAGCAGCCCUUUCGUUCUUCUGAACCCAUUUUAUGGUUUGGGGUUCUCUCCUUCUCUUCGGAGUAGCAGCAUUGAGUUCAGACUUCCAUUAAAAUCUACACUUCUGCGUACCAAAACAUGUCAGCCUCUUCCAGUGCUAGUUAGAAGCGAGUAUCCUCAAAACGAGGAUUUGCCCCGGCAGUUCUCAAAACGAGAGAAGAAACCCUUUCCAGUGCCAAUUGUGGAGCUGAGACGAGCUGCCAGGGAAAGGGUCAAGAACAACAAAGACAAGCCUAAGCGACCGCUCCCUCCUCCGAAAAACGGAUUGAUUGUGAAAAGUCUUGUGCCUCUUGCUUAUAGAGUAUACAAUGCAAGAAUCAGAUUGAUCAACAAUCUCAAACGGCUCAUGAAAGUAGUUCGCGUUCAUGCUUGUGGAUGGUGCAAUGAAAUUCAUGUUGGACCUUAUGGGCACCCUUUUAAGUCAUGUAAAGGGCAGAAAGCCUCCCAAAGGAAAGGACUUCAUGAAUGGACAAAAGCAGCCAUUGAAGAUGUUAUCAUUCCUUUAGAGGCCUAUCACCUUUAUGACCGCCUUGGUAAGCGUAUCCGUCACGAGGAGAGAUUCUCAGUUCCCAGAAUUCCUGCCAUAGUUGAGCUCUGUAUUCAGGCUGGUGUUGAACUACACGAGUUUCCAGCAAAAAGGAGAAGAAAACCGAUAAUCCGCAUUGGGAAAAGUGAGUUCAUUGAUGCAGAUGAAAGUGAACUGCCUGACCCAGAACCGCAGGCACCUCCGAUGCCAUUGUUGAUGGAGUUACCUGAUUCCGAAGCUGUUGCCCCCUCUAGUGAAGAAGAAACCAUCUUCCUGGCUGAGGAAACGUUAAGAGCAUGGGAAGAAAUGCGGAAUGGAACGAAGAAGCUGAUGAGAAUGUACAAAGUGAGGGUAUGUGGGUACUGUCCCGAGGUUCACAUUGGACCAACGGGACACAAGGCGCAGAACUGCGGGGCUUACAAGCACCAGCAACGCAAUGGGCAGCAUGGUUGGCAGUCUGCGGUGCUUGAUGACUUGAUACCAACCAGAUACGUUUGGCAUUUGCCUGACAUAAACGGGCCGCCGUUGCAGCGUGAACUGCGAAAUUUCUAUGGGCAAGCACCUGCGGUGGUGGAGAUAUGUGUACAGGCCGGUGCGGCUGUUCCAGAAACUUAUAAACCAACCAUGAGAUUAGAGGUUGGAAUUCCUUCGAGUGUCAAAGAAGCUGAGAUGGCCGUUUGAGAAACCCUCAUUGUAGUUCUUCUACAAACAAAGAUGUUACAUAAGAGCCGAAAGUUGAUCUUUUGGGGUUUUAAAAAGAGAGAAAUAUCUUAAAAUGAUAUUUUACUUUGGUGGUGCAUUAUAUCUUCUUGUAAGCUCUAAAAUCCGGAGAUGAUACCGCUUGCCCAGUAACUUUACUUCAAUCCCUUCCUGCA